CAGUUACUUGGUAAGGAAAAGAGUCAUUUCUGGAAAAAGUGUCUAACUGGUAAAAGCGUGUUUUCAGGGAAAAGCGUCUUUUCGAAAUUAUGCCUCUGUUUGGAUAUAAAAUUGUUUGGUUUUGUAUUAAGAUGUUAACAAUCAUGCAAAUAUGUUCAGCAGAGCAAAAUGUGAAACAAAAAGCCCGAAUAAACUAUAAACUCAAAGUCGAACGUGUAUUUGAUGACAUCAAAUCAAAAAGCCUUUCUCAUUGUUUGAUAUUUUGUUCGAUGCAGCAAGAUUGUAUUACGGCGUCAUUUAAAUCACCGGCCGAAAAUUGUUUGUUGUCGUCGUACGAUACAAUUGAUGACAGCGGAAGUGGACCUGGCAUUCCAGAGGGAUUAGUAUAUGCAGAUGGAUGGACUACAAUGACAAGGAUUAGAUACCCAGUUUUUCACGCCGUUGGACAGUACUCAGCGUACAGUAUGACGUUUGAACAAGCUCAACAACAAUGUGUUGACUAUGGAACAACAAUAGCGUCCCCAUCUGACCUUCUGCAAGCACGAUCCUUGGGGUACCACGCAUGUGUCGUAGGCUGGCUGUCUGAUGGAACCAAUGGCUAUGUUGUGCAGUAUUCUGCAGCAGGAUGCGCUUUCAGUGAAUCCAUUAUAUAUUACAAUAACGCUCGUGCUAAUGUUUACUGUAAAUUGAAUUAAUGAAUUCUUUAAGUCUUGUUAUGACUUGUAACUAUUAUUUAUUACAUUGUGUCUAGCAUACAUUGGAAUUAUAUUUUCACACUUUUACAGUGAAAGUAUUAAACUAGAUUUUUAAAUUUCACAGAAGUCAGGCUACAUUUGAAUGCCCUAGAACUGAAAAAACCAUAAAUACACAGAUAUCGUGAGACAUGAAUUUCUUCGUAAGUAAAAAUGUGAUUGUACAAGUGAAAAACGAAAUUAUUUACACUUAUCAAGUUUUAAAAAAAAGAAACAUUACAGAUAUAUAACAUGGACAUUGCACCAUACGAUCUCCUUAAUUGAUGACUCCAAGAAGGAUUUUCCUUUUUCUUUGUGUAUAGUGACAAAAAUGGGAGUAGUCAAAACCUCUUUUUCGGUUUGAGUGAAGCGGAACAAAUAAUAUAUCUAUUUUUACAAGAACGGGUACAAUUUUAUUCUCAAAUUAUAUUUCUUGAAGAAUGGUGUUCGAAAAAGAUUAUAUGAAGAUUAUAUGAAACAAAUAUUUAUUUUGCAUCGUUUUUAGAAAUUUUAUCAUGGCCUAACACUUUACUGUGUCUGUCGUUUACUUUUAACACCUGUGCUUCUGUAUUUAUAGUAAGUAGUGUUAGUUCAAACAAAGUUGAUAGAGAUACCGAGAAGCGUGUAAAAAUGAUUUGUCACUCCCGCAUCAGUCACUACUUUAAAAUUAAACUGUGUCUUAAGGUGAAUGAUUUGUGUCAUUCGUGUUUUCGCCCUGCGACCCCGCCAACGGAAAACUCGAAAAUUAACAAGUUAAAAUGGCGAGGGUGUGCAGCGAAAACACGCUUAUUAACGAGUGCGGGGGGCGAAGUUUAAUAAAUAAAAAUUCGCCCCGCGGAGACUCAGAAUGAGAUCUAAGAAAUAAAACGGCGGGAACGCGGGACAAAAACAUGCUUAUUAGUUUAGUUUGAUAAUAUCUUAUUGCAUAUAUGAGAUAUACAUCAAUUCAUUUACAUCAACAAAGUUGUACAAUAUAAAAAGGGUUGGGCCUAAAGUUUUUACAACAUACUUCGCCGCGAGCGUGCUUUCGCAAAGCGAAAGUCGAUAAUACACAAGUUGAAAUGGCGGAACGAUUAUAAGCUUGUUUUUGCAGCGCGCCCCGCCGUUUUAUUUCUAAAAUCUCUCCCCGCGGGGGCCUGCGUCCUGGAUAAAAGGCGUGUUUUCGCUCCGCGCCCCGCCAUUUUAACUUGUUCAUUCUCGACUUUUCGCUUGGCGGCGCGAAAACACAAAUGGCACAAAUCAGCCACCAUAAUGUCGGCAGUUACGGAGUUGUUACAUGAAUGACCCAUCGACCGUCUCUUACAAUUAUGACAAUACACAAGAUGGAAAAGAAAGCUAUUAUUAAACUUUUUGCAUUUAUGAAAACAAAAACAAAUCCUUUUUAAAACAUCGUAGGAACCUCCGUUAACUACUUCAUUCAUCGAACAAAGAGUAUGCCAUUAACUUAGCUGUAAAGGUGUCAUUUAUCUUACAUAAUUGAUAGUUCAAAAUAUCACUUUGUUGCUUUUCAAAUUUAACGUUUUCUGAUGAAAAACCCAUCUACUCGUAUUGGGUGAAUGUUAGAUUCAAAUGUCUGAAAUUUUGUUUUCUUAAGUUGAUUUGGUAAAAUUCCCUUGCUCAUUCCUAAAUAUCAACAAAAAUAAAUGUGACGUACUGUGACAUAUAUUUUUAUUUCAAAUUCAUUUUCCGGUGGAAAUUUAAUAAUGCAUUUGUGUAUUAGGAUCGCUGUAUUGAUUUAGGACAAACUCUUUCAAAUGCGUCAAAGCAUUAGAUGAUUUAAUUACGUAUCUGUUGAUAUGUAACGGGUAUUUACCUAAUUUUCCAUACACUGCAUUAUUACUAGCAUAUUGUUUAACUCUUAAUAUUGAUUUGCAAAACUUGUUACAAUGUUUCAAACAAGAUUUUACACUUGAAUACAUAGCUUUGAAUAUAUUUAAAAUUUA